AUGGAGGUGGAGGAGGAGGGAAGACGCUCUCCACACGAUCAUGUGGAAGCGUGUGUCCCUGAGAGCCUCUUUGAUCGCCUAAGUCUUGCAUUGCGCGGCGACCUCGAGCAUGAGCGGGACAGACGUCUUCAACUGGCGGACAAUGUCUUGAAUAUCGAGCUGAGUUUGCUUUUGCUCAGCUUGAGAGCGAGAGAGCUUUGA